UUUGGAAGAAUAAUGAGGAAAUUCUGCCACAAAUAUUACAUUAGAAGAAGUAAACAAAUAGGAAAUUCCUUAGCCAUUAGCUGAGGGUGAGGAAAAUGGAUUACAAUGCCACCCACUAGCCAAGUAACUGUAGUUCCAACUUUCCAUUGCCCCACACAACAAUCAAUUUCCAAUUCCAUGCAAUUGACUCGAAGCUUUGAUUUGAGCUAAAAACCCAUUUCCUUUUUUGGUUCUGCCAUUAAAGAAGAGCCAAUCGGACGCCCAUUUUGUCUCAUCUUCAAAAGGAAUCAUGGGUUGGAAUCCCUCUGGUUUAUCUCGCUUUGCAGUUUGAAGCGAAAAGUCAGCUCAACUACUGAACUCCUCUCCAUAAUUUGAAGCUGAAGGAUCGAAAUGGUUGAUCUCCGCUCACUUUCCAUUUCAGGCUUGGCGUUCAAUUCUCCAUCUGCUGUUUAUAAUUCCCAUUUCUCCACUGGUUACAAGCUCAGUGACUUGGAUUUGGGAUGUAAAGCUUCUGUGUUUUCUCAUCUGGGAAACGCCCAAACUGUAGAUAGAAACAAACCCAGAUGCCAAAAGCCAAAAUUAAUCUCCAAUAAGAUGUACAGAAAGCUAUGUGUGAUAGAUUCCGAGUUCAAUUGCAAGAAUUUGGGGUUUUCCAAGACUCUACAAUCGAGGAAUAUGAAGCCCAGAAGUUUAGGAGCUAAAUUUGUGGAUACAGGGUGUUCUGGGGCGAAUUUGAGGACUGAAAAGUUCAUUGUGAAGUCAAAUGCGGCAUUGGGUGUUGACGAAACUGUGGAGAUAGAUGGAACGGCAGGAGGCAAGGAGAAAAGCCUAUAUGAUGCUAUUGUUAUUGGGUCAGGUAUUGGGGGUUUGGUUGCUUCUACUCAAUUAGCAGUGAAAGGAGCCAAGGUUUUGGUCUUAGAAAAGUAUGUGAUUCCUGGUGGGAGCUCUGGGUAUUACCAGAAGGAUGGGUAUACUUUUGAUGUUGGGUCUUCUGUAAUGUUUGGUUUCAGUGAUAAGGGAAAUCUAAAUUUAAUUACACAAGCUUUGUCAGCCGUUGGUUGUGAGAUGCAAGUGAUACCUGAUCCAACCACUGUUCAUUUCCAUCUACCAACUAACCUUUCAGUACGGAUUCACAGAGAAUACAGUGAGUUUAUUGCAGAACUUGUCAGCAAUUUUCCCCAUGAAAAAGAUGGAAUCCUCAAAUUUUAUGGGGAUUGUUGGAAGAUAUUCAAUGCUUUAAACUCAUUGGAACUAAAAUCACUGGAGGAGCCAAUAUAUCUUUUUGGACAGUUCUUUCAGAAGCCUCUUGCAUGCCUGACACUUGCAUAUUACUUGCCUCAAAAUGCUGGAGACUUGGCUCGGAAGUACAUUAAGGAUCCCCGUCUGUUGUCCUUUAUUGAUGCAGAGUGUUUUAUCGUUAGCACAGUGAAUGCUUUGCAAACACCAAUGAUAAAUGCGGCCAUGGUUUUAUGUGACAGGCAUUUUGGUGGGAUAAAUUACCCUAUUGGUGGUGUUGGUGGAAUUGCAAAGUCCUUGGCAAGGGGACUGGUUGAUCAUGGAAGCUCAAUAAUGUACAAAGCAAAUGUGACAAAGAUAAUAACUGAAAAUGGCAAAGCUGUAGGCGUGAAGCUGUCUGAUGGAAGGGAGUUCUUUGCUAAAACUAUUGUAUCGAAUGCUACUAGAUGGGAUACCUUUGGAAAGCUGUUGAAAGGAGUGGACCUUCCCAAGGAAGAGGAGAACUUUCAGAAACUUUAUGUUAAGGCCCCAUCUUUCCUUUCAAUUCAUAUGGGAGUGAAAGCUGAGGUUUUACCGCCGGAUACAGAUUGUCACCAUUUUGUGCUUGAGAGUGAUUGGAGAAGGUUAGAGGAGCCAUAUGGAAGCAUCUUUCUGAGCAUCCCGACUGUUCUUGAUCCAUCAUUAGCUCCAGAUGGACGUCAUAUUCUUCACAUUUUUACUACUUCUUCCAUGGAGGAUUGGGAGGGGCUCUCCAGGGAAGAGUACGAAGCAAAGAAGGCGCUGAUAGCAGAUGGAAUUAUCACUAGACUCGAGAAGAAGCUAUUUCCAGGGUUAAAAUCAUCUAUUGAUUUUAUGGAGGUUGGGACGCCAAAGACACACAGGCGAUUCCUAGCCCGUGAUAAUGGUACCUAUGGACCAAUGCCACGAGGCACUCCUAAGGGAUUGCUUGGAAUGCCAUUUAAUACAACUGGUAUAGAUGGGCUGUAUUGUGUUGGUGAUAGUUGCUUUCCUGGCCAAGGAGUAAUUGCUGUAGCCUUUUCCGGAGUGAUGUGUGCACACCGAGUAGCUGCAGAUAUUGGGCUUGAAAAGAAGUCCCCCAUUUUGGAUGCGGCCCUUCUUCGGCUACUUGGUUGGUUGAGGACCUUGGCCUGAAUUUUGAUGUGAGAAUGCACCAUCUUCUUCGUGCCAUAAUAGUUUUCAAGGGUCAGCCGUGUAACAGCUGCGGCAAUAGUUUUUUAGAGAUAGAGCACUAGUAGGCAGGCUCAUAUUCAUACAUUUACAAUAAUCAAUUUGGCGUUGAACAAAACAGGUGUACCAAAAAAGAACAUUUGAACUGAAUGUUUCUCUUAUAGAAAGAAGAAAAAAGAAAAGUUCUCCCAA